CCAACUUCACUCUUCCAUUCCUCCACCAUUCUUCAUCUCAGUAACUGGCAGGUAUAGCGGCUCACUCUGAAACCAUGGCCAAGGACAUGACUCUGCUGUGGGGCUCCGGCUCUCCUCCCUGCUGGAGGGUGCAGAUCGCCUUGGAGGAGAAGAACCUGCAGGGGUACAACCACAAACUGCUCUCCUUUGAGAAAAUGGAGCACAAGUCUGCUGAAGUAAUGAGCAUGAAUCCCAGGGGUCAGCUUCCUGCCUUCAAACAUGGGAACAAUGUCCUGAAUGAGUCCUACGCCGCCUGCAUGUACCUGGAGAGCCAGUUCAAGUCCCAGGGAAACAAGCUGACCCCCGACUGCCCCGCUGAGCAGGCUCUGAUGUACCAGCGCAUGUUUGAGGGUCUCACACUCAACCAGAAAAUGGGGGAUGUUAUCUACUACAACUGGAAGGUCCCAGAGGGAGAGAGACACGACUCUGCUGUGAAGAGAAACAGAGAGGCUCUUUCUGCUGAGAUCAAGCUGUGGGAGGGAUACCUGCAGAAGGUAUCAGGCUCUUUCCUGGCAGGAAAGACCUUUUCACUGGCUGAUGUGACUGUUUACCCAAGCAUCGCUUAUGCCUUCCGUUUUGGGUUAUCUGAAGAGCGUUACCCUAAACUGGCAGCAUACUACAACUCUCUGAAGGACAGACCCAGCAUCAAAGCCAGCUGGCCUCCGACCUGGCUGGAGAACCCACAGGGACAAGACCUGCUGAAAGACAUCUGAGAUUCAAACACACACUAACCGUUCCUGUUGUGUAAUAUAUAACCACUCCUUGCAUUGCACUACUUUAACCGACCGCAUAUUUUUAAAAAGAAAUGUGCAUUUGCUGUUACUGUGCUUGUUAGUUUCAUACUAUUCUCUGUUUGUGACACAGCAACAGAUAACUCCCUUUGUGCUGUAUACAAAAACAAUAAAAACUGACUUUCA